AUGCCUAACGGAAAUUGGAUCCUCGGCGACCUCUUCACAAAGGAUUACGGGCACCGCAGCAGCAUUCAGAAACUUUGGGAACAACGUUGGAAGUUCCCAUGCACCAAAGGCGUCUACCCUUUCCACGAUGGAAAGUUUGAAGACUUUGAACCCAUUUUCAAACAUCUCAUCAACAACAACGUCAAUGACCCUUAUGACGAUGCAUACACCAACGCUUUCUUGCCAACGGCGCAACGUCUAGCGAAAGAAGCCAAGGAUAUGGAAAGCAAAGACAAGGAGGCGGCGAAAAGGCUAUACCUGAACGCAAACGCUGUAUACAGAUUGGCGAGAUUUCCAUACAUCGGCACCGAGCUGAAGAAGAAGGUUUUUGAGGAGCAGAAGGAAGUCUACUUCCGCGGCGCACAGCUGUGGGACAUUCCACUCGAGGAGGCCGUGGUAACGCAUAAGCAUGCCUCGAACGGUGAUGGCGACAAGAUUCCAUUGUACAUUCGCAAACCCACAGGACACGGCCCAUUCCCAACAGUCCUGUUAAUCACAGGCCUUGACGGCCAUCGUCCAGACAACACCGAGCGCACACAGGAACAUCUCAAUCGCGGUUGGGCGACAGUGAUCUGCGACAUCCCAGGUACCACUGUCGACUGUCCAGCCAACAAGCGCGACCCGUUAUCACCUGACCGAUUCUUCACCAGUAUCUUAGAUUGGAUCAAAGAAACACCAUACCUCAACGAGAAGAAGGUCAUCGCAUGGGGACUCUCAGCAGGCGGCUACUACGCCAUCCGCCUCGCCCACACUCACCGCACCCAACUCAUCGGCAGCGUAGGCCACGGCGCAGGCACACACCACUACAUCGGCCGCGAAUGGCUCGAGCAAAUCGACAAGCAUGAAUAUCCUUUCGGCCUCGAACAAGCUUACACGCAAAAAUAUGGCUACUCGUCAUUCGAAGAGAUGAAAGAGAAGUGUCAGGAUGAAUUCUCUCUCGUCUCAGGUAAAGGCGAGGGUGUGGCUGUGGUGGCGCAAGGUAUGAAGAGCUGUAGGCUGUUGCUUGUGAAUGGUAUGUUGGAUGGGUGUAUGCCAAUUGAGGAUAGUAUGUUGUUGGCGGAAUACGGGAGUCCGAAGGAGAUGCGGUUCAUGCAGCAGAGGUUGCACAUGGGGUAUCCUGAGGCGAAUAGUACCGUGUAUCCGUGGAUGGAGGAGAUCAUGGGGAGCAAGUAG